AUGACGUUCGCCGGGUUACACAACCAAUCCGCACACCCCAUCGCGCCAUCACACUUUAUCCUGCCAACCAACCAAUCCGCAAACCCCAUCCCGCCAUCACACUUUAUCCUGUCAAGCAACCAAUCCGCACCCCCCAUCCCGCCAUCACACUUUAUCCUGUCAAGCAACCAAUCCGCACUCCCCGCCAUCCCACUUAAUCCUGUCAAGCAACCAAUCCGCACACCCCACCCCGCCAUCACACUUAAUCCUGUCAAGCAACCAAUCCGCACUCCCCACCCCGCCAUCACACUUUAUCCUGCCAAUCAACCAAUCCGCACACCCCACCCCGCCAUCACACUUAAUCCUGUCAAGCAACCAAUCCGCACUCCCCACCCCGCCAUCACACUUUAUCCUGCCAAUCAACCAAUCCCCAUACCCCAUCCCGCCAUAAAACUUCCUGCCAACUAUCCAACAUUCUCUACCCUGAUCCCAACUCCCCGCCCCACCUCCUCCAACCAGCGCACCCCAAUUCUCCCCAUCCUCCAACCAGCGCACCCCAAUUCUCCCCCUCCCCCAACCAGCGCACCCCAAUUCUCCCCCUCCUCCAACCAGCGCACCCCAAUUCUCCCCCUCCUCCAACCAGCGCACCCCAAUUCUCCCCCUCCUCCAACCAGCGCACCCCAAUUCUCCCCCUCCCCCAACCAGCGCACCCCAAUUCUCCCCCUCCUCCAACCAGCGCACCCCAAUUCUCCCCCUCCCCCAACCAGCGCACCCCAAUUCUCCCCCUCCUCCAACCAGCGCACCCCAAUUCUCCCCCUCCCCCAACCAGCGCACCCCAAUUCUCCCCCUCCUCCAACCAGCGCACCCCAAUUCUCCCCCUCCUCCAACCAGCGCACCCCAAUUCUCCCCCUCCUCCAACCAGCGCACCCCAAUUCUCCCCCUCCCCCAACCAGCGCACCCCAAUUCUCCCCAUCCUCCAACCCCAACAUUCUCCGACCCUCGAAGCCCGGAGUUAGGAUGGUGUCGCUCAUUAGACUGUGA